AUGCUGCGGAGCGUAUCUGACCGCAGUCGACAGCCUCCAAACAUCAUAUCUCAGGAGGUGACAAAUCUGAUAUUGCGAGCCCUGAAGUUCGAGAGGCGCACGCACAAGAUACAUUAUUUGCACCGGGCUUUGUUGGCCGUGGAUUUGAUUGGCUCAGACGAGUACCCUGAUGCCCAUAGAAUCACGGACGAUUCAUUGAGUGUGGAGUCCGAUGACAGCUCUGAAGAUUCGGAUGACGACGGCUAUCGAUCUCAUGAUAGGCACCCUCCAAGGAAGCCCCAGAAAUACUGGGACGUGUCACAAUCAGCCAUUGUGAACAUGUCGACGACCACAAAACUCAAGGCAGAUAACGCGGAAAUGGUCGCAAAAUCCGACAUGCAGCUCGACAAGGAUAGCAAACGCGAAGAUCGUCGGAGGCACCUCGGUGAUUGA